AUGCAUUGGUGGCUGAUUUGUCUCCCCAAUUUGAUAUAUUCCAAAAAAUUCGAGGUUAUUGAAGAGAGUGGAAUUGGAUUCGUAGUCGGUGACCUCAAAGACUGGACAGUAGACGACUUGGCUAACACGGCCGUUGUCCUGACUCGUUCAUAUGCGGAAAAGGGAGAAAGACUAUUCGCGGAUAUGCUUAACAUUGAUGCUCGUUCAGGCCUAAUCACUACGACAAAGAAUUUCGACCGCGAAGAGAUUUGUCCGUCGACCACUCCAUGCGAACUCGACAUGCAAAUAUACAUAUUCCACGGAGACUCUGUCAGUUCCACAUUCGAGGCAAAACUGUUAAUUCGGGACAUCAACGACCACGCCCCUCAAUUCGAACACGCCGUUUACGAAAUGGAGGUGGACAAGAUCUCCCUCAUGUUGACAGCGGUGGAUAGAGGAUCUCCUCCACUAAACGGGAGUAUUACGUUGGUGAUAAACGUGUUGGACGAAAAUGACAACAAACCGACCUUUCCUACCCAAAACUAUUCUUUCUUUGUCGAUCAACAGGAAUUGGCAAAAACAAACGAAAAAAUAUACGUCGGGACAUUGGAAGCAUGGGAUGUAGACAUUGACAGCAAAAUUAGAUAUUCGUUGGAUGAGAGUACUCCAUGGUACUACGCAGACCAUUUCCAAAUAGACGAGGUCAAUUCUAUUCAUAAUUUGCAGGAACGUGGAGAUUUGUUUCUGAUCAAGUCGAGACAGGUGAAGGAAAACCCCCUCAGGACUUACAAACUGACGGUGAUUGCCUCCAAUGUCCUCGGGUCGGACGAAAUGAGGAGCACUACCUCAGUGAAUGUCAACUUCCCUGUGAAAGACAAACGCCUUAUUCUGCUGCUUAGACAUAAAAUACUGAACAUUCAAGAAAAUCAACAACACGGACAAGAAGUGGCCGAAUUGGCAGUGUUCUCCCCUGAUUCCCUCAACCCCGGGUUCGCUGACUGUGGGGUGGACAGUCCCUAUUUCCGACUGAUCUACGCUUCCAAAGCGGGACAGUUCAUUGUACUGACCAAUCAGAUAUUCGACUAUGAACAGACUAGUCGAGUUGUCGCCACCAUUACUUGCAAAUACGACGGUCUAUCAGCCCAAACCAAGUUUACUGUCGACGUGAUCAACGUCAAUGAUAAUAUCCCCAAGUUCAGGAGAAAUACAUAUUUUGUCAAUUCAACCGAAAAUUCAGGAGUUGGGCAAUACAUGCUCACAGUGGUGGCCGACGAUGCCGACCCCGACAGUCGUGUGUCCUAUUCCCUCGACAGAACAGACAUUUUGGCAAUUGGACGAGAAAGUGGGGAAAUAUACUCAAAGAUUAACUUUGACUACGAACUGCAGUCGACUUAUUAUGUAAAACUGUUUGCCACUGACAAUGGCUCACCUCCACUCACGGGGACGGCUUUCGGGCAGGUGAAGGCCACAGACCUCGAUUCCUAUCCCAACAACGUGCUCAAGUACACCAUCAAAAACAAUCGUCGUGUGGCCAGUUAUUUCAAGAUAAACCACACAAGUGGCCUCAUUCACUACAAUAUAUCCUAUUUCGAUAGUCUCUUCUCCUUGACUGAGUUGGAAGUGGUGGUCAGUGAUGUCGGGCAUUUGUAUUCAACCACUAAUGUGACAAUCUACAAAGUGGUGACUGAAUGUGGGGACUCGACUCUCAACUGCACGCCAACCACCACUCCAAAAUUACUCAACUCGUCAUUGAUAACUCCGACUGGAAUUGUGAUUUGUGUGAUUGGGACGGUCAUUUUGCUGACCACAGUGAUCAUAUUCCUCAAAAAACCCCACCUCAAGACGAUCAUUUAUUUCCGCAGAAACAAGGAAAAUGACCCCAAGUUUUGCAGGGCACAUUCCAACGGGCUAAUCAGAAUGAAAACAUUUGAACUGGACAAUCCAAUGGAAAGUGUUCGCAGUAGUAACACGCACUCCAACGGCAAUUCAGUAAUGAGAAAUUGCAAUCGUUCACUGAAAAACAUUUUGUAUGACGUGGAGCCGACCGGUGAGUACUAA